AUGAUGGUCGAACUCAAUCAAGCACAUAUUAGCGAUGCUUGGAAAAGCGAGUUAUGCGUGCCGGACGAUAAUCUUGAAGACAUAGAAUUUUUCCCCAACUUUUUGGAUGAUUUGAUUCAAUUGUCGGCUCAUGACCCUAAUUUUGAUGAUAUCGACCAAUUAGAUGGUAUUUACUGUGAAGAUGAUUUGUGGAAAGCUUACGAGCCAGAGACUAAAGUUUCCCGACAUUAUUCUUCGGAACGAGAAUUUUCUAAUAAUUCUCAAGAAGGAGAAUUUGAAUACGGUUUUUUGUACGGGCCAAAAAUAAAAGAGAGAGCUUCCCGAAAACAGACGAGGAAAUCGGGCUUGUCAAUAUCGAGAAGGAGAUGUAGCCACUGCCAGACGGAGAAGACCCCACAGUGGAGAAUGGGCCCGAAUGGGCCGAGGACUUUGUGCAAUGCCUGUGGAGUGAGGUACAAGUCGGGCCGCCUGCUUCCGGAAUACCGCCCAGUCGCCAGCCCAAGUUUCGAUAGCAAAAAACAUUCCAACUUUCAUAGGAAGAUAGUCGAGAAGAAGCAAGUGAAUGGUUAA